CCAGGAAUAUGAUUGAGAAAGCAAUCUUAAUUGGAGCAGGAGUCGUUGCACUCAUCAUCGUCGUUGCAUUUGCCUUCAUGUGGGACUCUGUCGAGCCUACUGAGUACGGGAUGACAUACAACUCUAUUACCAAGACUGCAGGAACAGACCAUAUCUAUGAAGGAGGGCUUUACUUUGUUGGACCUUUUAAGCAUUUCAUUAAAUUCCCAGCAACAGUCACUCACAUUGAGUUCUCAGAUAGAAAAGAGAGGAAUGCUCCUCCUCUUGAGACCAGAACUAAAGAAGGACUGGGUCUGAUUCUUCAUGUUGCUUUCCAAUACAAGCUUCACAGACAUAGUAUCCCGAAACUUUACAAGCUGACUAAUGUAAGAUACGAGGAGACCUUUAUCAGACAAGCCAAAAACAUCAUUUUAGAAGAAGCUAGUGAGUAUAAUGCCCCUGAAUAUUGGGAAAAGAGAGGAGAAAUCGGUGCUAAUAUUGCUAAAAGGCUCAAUGAUACUCUCUCAAAUACCUAUACCAGUGUUGUAUCUUUCCAGAUGAUUCAAAUUGACCUCCCUCACAGCUAUGAAGACUCUAUUGUGCAGACACAAGUAGAGGUGCAGAAGAGAGAAACCAAGAGAUAUGAGCAAAAAGCCACAACUAUGAGAGAAAGUAUCAAUGUAGAUGUUUCUGAAGCUAACAAGCAGUCUCAGAUUAUCUAUGCUGAAGCUGAUGCCAAGGCCAUCAAUGCUACUACUUCAUAUGAAAAAAUGGCAUAUAGAGAUGCUUCUGCCUUGCUUGGUCUUACAGCUUCUAACGGACUUAUUGAGUACACAAAACUUAUGAACAUUAUGAAGAAUAAAGACAGUCAGUUGAUUAUUGGAAUGCAGAAUGCAUUGAUUAAUAUCCAGACACCAGGGCCUUCUCAACAAGUCUAA